GUAGACUGUUAUCCAAUGUUAUCUAUUGGUUAAUGAUUGUAAUUGUGCAUAAAAGAUCAGUUUGGGAUAAAUUAAGAAAUAUUAUGUUAUUAUAGUUUCAUAGUGAUAUUAUUCAUUGAAGUGCUAAUUUAACGAUGACAAUUGUUUACGGAUUCAUUUUUCUAAUCAACAACAAUUAGUGAAAGUAGGAAUUUUGACGUCAGUGGUGCGUGUCAUGAUUUUGUUCUUGUAAACAUUACGCUUAGAGGCUCAGAAACUAUUUCCCUUUUUUUUUUUUAAUAUACAUAUGUGUAUAUAUAUACACAUACAGUAUAUACAUACAUACAUACAUACAUAUAUAUAUAUACAACAUCAGGGAAAUAGUCAAGUAUUGUUGACGUUUUUUCAAUCGAUAGUAGAUCUGAAAAUUCUAUGAAAAUUCGUGAGAUAUUAUUAUAAACUGUGUAACAUGUAAAGUGUGUGUUCUGCUCUAUCUUCGUUGCUUGGAAAUCCUAUGAUCUAAUAUAAAAAUUGCAAGAAUCUUUCUACGUUAUAAUGGAACAAGUAAAUACAACAUUGGAUGAAUGCAUUAGUAAUGACAAAAAUGAAAAUAUUAAUGUAAAUGAAGAAGUAGUUAAUGCUGUGGAAUGUUCUAAUGUAGAAAACGAUACGAAAGUAACAAGCAUAAAUCAAAUUGAAAAAGAUCUACAAGGUAAUUGCAAAACGGUGUUAUUUGAUGAUGUUUCUAAUGUACGGAUUGAUAUUGAAAAUACGUCGACAGAAGAAAUAGAAAAAGUAGAAGAUUCUAAGGAACGGAAAGAUUUAAAAAAUAGUAAUGAAAUAUUAAUUAAAGAAAAGAAUAAUGAUCUGUGUGAAGAAAAUCUGACGCAAAAUAUCAUUACUGUAGAAGCAUGCAUGGAAAAUACCGAUGAUCAAUAUUCUGAGAAAAAAAUUGACUUCUUAUCCGAAAAAUCAAUCAUAGGAGAAAAUGAAUCUAAUCUUGUACAGUGUAAUAGUACAAAACCAUCAACAAUAUCCAGAGAAGUAAUAAUGGAUAAUAAUAUAAAGAAAAACACAAACAGUACUAUCUGUACGAUAGUAAAUGUAAGCGAAUCAGAAAGUGCCAAUAUUGUUUGCGACGAAUUACUUAAUUCAUUAAGUAAAGUCUCCAAUAAUAAAGAAUGUUCCUUACAUGAAACUAUUAAACAGAUAAGUAAGGAUGACGAUAAUCAAAACAAUUCAAUAGUUAUGGACGCAGAACUAAGUAAAUUAGUUGAAGAAAAUUCCGAAGUUGUUGUUCUGACAGUUGAAACCAUACCUAUUCCUUCCGAUUCUAGCAAAGAAGCUAUAGUAUCGACUACAUCGGAAGAAACAAUAACAGACACGAUAAAUAGUGAAAAGGAAGAAUUAAUUGAGUCAAAUAAUGAGGAUAUUAAAGAUGAUCAUAAAAAUGAUGAUUUGAAAGUUAUAGAUUAUCAGCAAGAAGAUAGCGGCACUGUUAUAGAAGUCAUUUCAACAGAGAUUGUGCAAUCAAAAGAUACGGAAAUGCGUAUAUCAGAAAAUAAGACUGAAACCAUAGAUGAAGAUAAAAAUGAAUUAAAUACACCAUUAAAAGAUACUUUAGAUAAAAGAUUUCAUAAUAGGAGGGAUUUACAAAAUGAUGAUAACGACGGUGAAAAUAUUUCCCAAAAAAAUGACAGCAAUAAUAUUAAGCAGAAGACUUCACUAAAAGUUGACAUAAAGAAUGAAAUAAAGAUCGAAAACUACAUUAAAAUGAGCAAAGCCAAUGUACUAGACAUCAAAGAUGUUUCUACUGAAGAUAAUGAUGUUGCGCUUCCCAUAUGCACUUUCCAAAAUGCGAAAUCAGAUACUAAAAUGGAAUCAAAUAUAGUAUCGAUAUCUAAAAGAAGUGUUAUUCAAGAUAUAUUUGACGAUUGGGAAGUAGAUAAUCCUGAAGAAGAAAAUCAAUCAAAUCCCAAAGUACAAGAUUCAGUAGAAAUUGAACUGAAAAGCUUAUUGGAUGAACCGAAAAAUGCAAAAGUCGUAGAUAAUACAACACCAAUAAUAGAAAAGAAAAUUUCUUCCAAUGAUAAUAAAUCUGUUAUUGAUAUUUCACACAAUACUGUAAUACUUGUAGAUAAUACUAAAGACAAACAAAAGGAUACAAUAAUGGAAGAAGAACAAAUUAAAAAUAAAAUUAUUGUUACAUCUCAAGAAACCUCUGUAGCCUCAUCUAUAACGCAAGAAAAACUAACUCAUUCUUUACCACAAAAUCUUGGGAAAUCUACGCGCAAUGUUACUCAAGAUUCAAUUUUGUCACAUCAGGCAGUACAAAGUAAUGUAGCACCGAUUAAGAAUCGUAAUCGUCAUUUAACUAGUCAAAUAGUUUCACCUGCUGAAGUAACAGAAGUAUUAAAGGAGAGAUUACGAGAGAAACAAAAAAAUGUUGAAGCACCGUCUGGACCAGACAUAUUUUUUGUAAAAAAAAUAACACAAAGGUUAUCGAGCAAAUUAGCUGGUGGUUCUAUAUCUUCAAUGCCAGCACUUAUUCCAUUACCACAUCCUCCUCAGCUACCAUCAGAUAGUUUUGGUAAGAAAAAUACAGAAAAUAUUUCUGUGCAAUCUCCAAAAGAAGGAAGUUCUGAUAACAAGGAAUUAUUAGCAAUCUUAGAAGGUGAUGUUGAUCCAGAUUGGUCCAAUUUAAAACCACCUGUACUUAUAGACGAAGGAAGAAAUUCAGCGAACAUUAUAAAUAAUGAACUUAAUUCACCUCCUAAACUUGAUCCUUCGGUCGAACGUGAACUGGCAUUAAAGCAACUACUUGAAUUGCCUGUAACGCCAUUAAGGAAGAAUAUGCCUAAACGAAAAAAACCAGUUAAAUCAGGGCUCAAUAAAAUAUCUAAAAGCAUUGAUAAGGAUGUUGAAACUGAAAAUGAAAAUAAAGAGAUCGUUAAUAUUGACUUAAUAGACGAAGAUGUAAAAUCUAAUACAAAUGAUGAAACCCCUCCAGAAGCUAAGGUUCCACGUUCAAUUACCCAAGAAGAACAGAGAUAUCACGAUGUAAGCGGGCAAGAUGUACGAAGUGAUGAAUCAAGAUCAGGUAGGAAACGUAAGCCAACCGAAAAAGCAAGAGAACAUGAACAAAAUAUAACGAAACGUCAAAAAGUUUACAAAGGUAAAGUCUCCUUGACUAAGAAGUCAGAACCAAAACAAGAGUUGAUUGAUACAGUUUUGUUAAAUAAAAAUCAAUUAGCUAAGGAUAACAUUGAGUUACCAGGUAGCACAGAUGAUAAUGAAGAAAAAGAAGCGGUAGCAAAGAAAAUAGCUAAUAAACAAUUAACAAUUGAAAUCGAUAAUAUUAUGCAGAAAUCUGAAAAUCCACCAGUUAAAAGACCAAAACAAAGUCUUUCUAAAAAGGGACCACAAGCUAUUGCACCAAGAAAAAUGUUAAAGCUCAUGCGACAAAAAAUUAAAUCAAACAAAAAGUCUGUUAAUUUAAAGACUAAGUUAAAUACAACGUCAAAAAAAUCUAAGAAAGUUACAAAACCACAACAAAAACGUAGUACAGCAGAUUCAACAUCAGGAGACGUCAAGCCUAAAAAGAAAAUUAUUAACGAAAUAGAUAGAUUACUUCAAGAUGAGGGAGUUGUAAAUUUAUUAUAUGAUGUUGAACAACCUGACAAGAAACGUUUAAUACCUAUUACAAAAUCACAAACAAAAGUGAUGGAUUUACAGAAAGUACAACGCGAACUUAAAAUCAGAAAAAAGUUGGUACGUAAUGCAGUUCUAAGGUUGCGCACAUCUACACCUGGUAUAACAAAAGUAUCGCCUAGAUCCACAAGAACUACUAUACAUUCAAAUGAUUCACGAAAUGAUCAAAAAACGAAUGAACAAUCCAAAAACACUAAACCAACCAGUGGGUCAUCGCCAGCAGAAUUUGUAUAUCCUGCAAAAAUUAGAAAUGCUGCAGAUGCAUCGAUUAUAAUUAGAAGACAUUCAUCUAGUUCGUUUUCUAGUGCAUCUGGUAGUCCUAGAGUCAGUAUUGAUGGCCCAGAAAAACAGAUUUCUGAUAGUGCUCGAUUAGAUGAAAGUUCACAUUCCCUCAGAUCUACGAAAAGGAGACAUUCGCAGGAAGAUAGAAUGCAUAUAAAAAGAAACAAAAAAAAGGAAUCAAAAUAUGAUGCAGAUACUGUAAUCGCUUCAAAUGAGGACAAAACAACAGCAAUAAUGCGACCAAGUAAAAAAACAGAUUUGAAGAGGCCAGACAAAAAUAUUAAGCAAUUGGAGUCCUUGAUCAGCGAUGAAAGUAAUAGCAGCAUUCAAAGUAAAGUCAUUACAAGAUCUAAUGGUGCAGCUGCGGGUAAGGUAACAUCCAAAAGUAAAAAAACUGCCAAAAGUAAAGUCACUUUUGCAAAAGGAAAUGACAUUGAUGAAAAUGAAUGUGUAUCAAAGGAAGAAGAUGAAUUAUCCGCCUGUCUUGCAGAGGCAGCUACUGCUUUAUCAAUAGUGAGUGCCUCUAACCGGCCAGGUAAUACUACAAUGAACCGGAAAAAUAAGGUCAGUCCAAAUAUUACUAAAGUAUUGGAAUUUACUGGUAAUAAAACAAAAACAGAUAGCAAAUGUCAAUUCAGUAAUAAGGAAAUAAAUGUGCGUAAGCAUGGCUAUCUUGUACAAUUGAUACUUACUCCUUCAUCUCCUACAAAAAUAAGAAAUGCUCUUACACUUCAGGUAAUGCAAGAAUUUCGUGAAACAUUGACAAUAUUAACAAAAGACGAUGACUGUAGAGUAGUACUCUUUACUUCAACUGGUACAAGUUUUUGUGAAGGCUUAGAACUUUCCUCGUUAUUGCAUCCUAAUAAAGAAGAACGACGACUUCUUGCUCAGGAAAUGGCAGAUGCUGUCAAAGACUUUAUAAAGAGUUUAGCAACUUUUAAUAAACCCAUAGUAGCCGGAGUACAAGGCGCUGCAAUUGGAUUAGGUGUAACUAUGUUACCUUUAUUCGAUCUUGUGAUAGCUAGUGAUAAAGCAACAUUUAAUACUCCUUACGGUAAAUUGGGGCAAAUUGCAGAAGGUGCAGCUGUUUUUACUUUAUCACAUAUUUUAGGAAGUGCAAUAACAAGUGAACUACUUUUGGGUGGAAGAACUUUGACAGCGAGUGAAGCAUUAAGAGCUGGACUUGUUACUCGAGUUUUAUGGCCAGACCGAUUCCAAGUAGAAUUAUUACCUUCUUUAAAGGCUAUGAGUGAACAAUCGUCUCAGUCCAUGGAAGCAACAAAAGCUUUGCUACGUCAUAGUCUAAGAAAAAAAUUGGAUGCAGCAUUGGAAUCGGAAACAUAUUUAUUGAUUCAAAACUGGUGUUCUACAGAAUGUCAACUUGCUAUAAAAGCUUACAUAGAUGGAAAGAUAGAAUAAAAAAUGAUAAUGGUAACAAUUGCGUAUACUUCUCAUUUUACAAAUGGUUAUCAUUAAAUUUAGGAUUGGAAUAAGAUUCGAAAAUAAUUAAGAAGUGAUUAAGAAUAUUCUGGAUAAAGAA